AGGAGCCUUGACAUGGUGGCAGCAGUGGGAUUAUUUUGAGAACCCAGGAUUUUAAAAGGACACUGGCUUUCUUUUGAGUUGCAAGCUUUAACAGUUUUUUCCCUCGUUUUUGUUUUGUUUUGUUUUCUGUGCUGCCUUGGGAAGAGGCAGACAGAAGGUUAACCAUAAGCCAGACACAGACCAUCCAAUCCAACCAGUUUGUUUUGUUCUAGCUUUUGGGACAACUGGAUAGCUAGAAUAGAAUAGGGAAGGGAAGGGAAGGGAAGGGAAGGGAAGGGAAGGGAAGGGAAGGGAAGGAGCCGAGUACAUGCUUUUGCGAUCAGGCAAAGUAGCCCUAGAGAAACCAGCCCUUCCCAAGCAACACCCUGAGGUAGAAACUGCCUCUGAGCAAGGCAAGAUGUCCAGCUCUGGGGAGGGGAAACAGGAGCAUGUCCCUGUGAGUCCAGGGGGAAGUAAGCUUGAGGGGGCAGGAGGGAUUAUGCUUUAAAGGCAGGCAGUCCUCUGAGAAAGAGAUGGAGUUUCUCUUCCACAUGGAGCGUGCACAACGAGAGGCCGAGGCUGAAGACAAGCAGGCACAACGAGAGGCCGAGGCUGAAGACAAGCAGGCACAACGAGAGGCCGAGGCUGAAGACAAGCAGGCACAACGAGAGGCCGAGGCUGAAGACAAGCAGGCACAACGAGAGGCCGAGGCUGAAGACAAGCAGGCACAACGAGAGGCCGAGGCUGAAGACAAGCAGGCACAACGAGAGGCCGAGGCUGAAGACAAGCAGGCACAACGAGAGGCCGAGGCUGAAGACAAGCAGGCACAACGAGAGGCCGAGGCUGAAGACAAGCAGGCACAACGAGAGGCCGAGGCUGAAGACAAGCAGGCACAACGAGAGGCCGAGGCUGAAGACAAGCGUGCACAACGAGAGUCCGAGGCUGAAGACAAGCGUGCACAACGAGAGGCCGAGGCUGAAGACAAGCACGCACAACGAGAGGCCGAGCCUAAAGACAAGCGUGCACAACGAGAGGCCGAGGCUGAAGACAAGCACGCACAACGAGAGGCCGAGGCUGAAGACAAGCACGCACAACGAGAGGCCGAGGCUGAAGACAAGCACGCACAACGAGAGGCCGAGGCUGAAGACAAGCACGCACAACGAGAGGCCGAGGCUGAAGACAAGCACGCACAACGAGAGGCCGAGGCUGAAGACAAGCACGCACAACGAGAGGCCGAGGCUGAAGACAAGCACGCACAACGAGAGGCCGAGGCUGAAGACAAGCACGCACAACGAGAGGCCGAGGCUGAAGACAAGCACGCACAACGAGAGGCCGAGGCUGAAGACAAGCACGCACAACGAGAGGCCGAGGCUGAAGACAAGCACGCACAACGAGAGGCCGAGGCUGAAGACAAGCACGCACAACGAGAGGCCGAGGCUGAAGACAAGCACGCACAACGAGAGGCCGAGGCUGAAGACAAGCACGCACAACGAGAGGCCGAGGCUGAAGACAAGCACGCACAACGAGAGGCCGAGGCUGAAGACAAGCACGCACAACGAGAGGCCGAGGCUGAAGACAAGCACGCACAACGAGAGGCCGAGGCUGAAGACAAGCACGCACAACGAGAGGCCGAGGCUGAAGACAAGCACGCACAACGAGAGGCCGAGGCUGAAGACAAGCACGCACAACGAGAGGCCGAGGCUGAAGACAAGCACGCACAACGAGAGGCCGAGGCUGAAGACAAGCACGCACAACGAGAGGCCGAGGCUGAAGACAAGCACGCACAACGAGAGGCCGAGGCUGAAGACAAGCACGCACAACGAGAGGCCGAGGCUGAAGACAAGCACGCACAACGAGAGGCCGAGGCUGAAGACAAGCACGCACAACGAGAGGCCGAGGCUGAAGACAAGCACGCACAACGAGAGGCCGAGGCUGAAGACAAGCACGCACAACGAGAGGCCGAGGACAAGCAUUCACAACGAGAGGUGAAGCUGCCAGAGAUAGUGGCAGAGACGAGGCGAGCAGAACUAGAGGUCCAAGUUGCACUGGAGAAAGCUAAGCGACUGGACGCUUAAGGUACCCCACCCAACAACCCUGCCCCCAUCACUAUUCAACCCCCCAGGAGGCUCCCCAUGUACCAAUUAGGGGAUAAUGUCGAGGACUUCUUUGUCUACUGUGAGAGGGCCUGCAGGGGUACAACAUUCCUCCUAGUCAGUACAUGAUGGGAGUUAAGAUCACAAGUCACUGGUCCCUUACUGGGGGUGGCAGCUGACCUGCCAGGGAACUCGGUAAACGAUUAUGAAUUGUUUCAGCAAGAGGCCAGACUCAGGAUGGGGCUCACUCUCGAACAGGCCUGGUGUCGCUUCAGGGCCUCCAAAUGGACCCCAACCACACCAUUCCCCGAACAUGCCAGUCGUGUACUCAAAAGCUGGGAAACAUGGCUCUCUGGAGAGAAGGCCCACACCUGAGAAGAAAUCUCUCUCCUGAUGCAGAUGGAACAGUUCCCCGAGGGUGUUCCGGGAGAGAUCAGAGGGUACAUCCAGGACGGAAAACCAAAAAACAUAAGAGAGGCAGGAGUGCUCGGGGCCUGAUGAAUGGAGCUAGGAGGAAAAGCAGCCCGGAGAGCAGUCUGAGGGGGACCUCCUACAACCGGGGAUCCUCCUGGCCCCCACCUCGCAGAGAAGGGCCCUAUACACCUCCAGGGAGACCCCAGACUUUCCCUCGUCCCUCCACUCCAUCCACCGGGAACCCUCCCCGCUCCAGUGAUACACCCGUGAUACGAUGCUUUAAAUGGAAUGAAAUGGGGCAUGUCAAGGCCGACUGUCCCAAGAGCACCAACAGGCUGCAGCUCAUCACCCUGGGGUCAGCACAAGAAGCCUCAGGCCCAGAGGCCUCACACAUCCCCCCCAGAGUGGAGGGAGACUGAGUGUGUGGGGGACGGGAGGUUGUUGCAUGGAGGGACACCGGAGCACAGGUGUCAGUGAACCACCAAUCUCUAGUGGACCCCAAAGCCAUUGACCCGGAGACUCUAGUCACCGUUCACCCCUUCAAGGCCGACCCCUUCGACCUGCCUACUGCCACGUUACCAGUUCAGUACAAGUGCUGG